GAAUGUAGGUAAUACAUCAGCACGGUUGUAGCAUGCUAGCUUGCAAACAGGCUGCGUAGCCCAGCUAACACUACAACGUAUUUAGAUAGUAUCAUCCCGGCUGUUACAUUUAUUACCGCCUUUAUUCAUAUUAUAGCCUAACAAACAGUGGCUGCAUCUGGGUACAGUGACAAGCUAUUAACCGGUAGAAAGCAGACCGACUAUGGCCUGAAGAUGAUGAUGAUGGCAAAGUGAGAAAACUGGUCAGGCUGGCAGGUUGAGGUGUGGAGGGGACACCACAAUCCAUGCCAGAAUUCUGACUGAUACAAUUUCCACUGCCCUCAGUAGCUCUCCUCCUCCUCAUCUCCAUGUCUAUUCUUGGAUUGUAGCGACAAUUAUGGUGACGCUUAUCACAGAGCAGCUCCGUAAGCAGAGUUUGGAGGAGCCUUAUUGCAAGGCUUUCUCAUUCAAUGUGAAUGUGGCAGUGGGCUCCAGUCCCACUGUCUCGUGGAGUGCUUGUCGAUCAACAGAAGAGUCCAGCUCAGCUACACAUAGGUCAUCCAGAGCCAACCUUCUGGAUAAUACCUGUGGACCAGACACCCUAUGGCAUCCUUCUCAUUCUGGAGAAUCUAUCCGGAGAUCAGAGGUUUCCUUCACAGACAAGACUUACCAAAGUUCACCCCCACCACCACCUUCAAAACGCCACUGCCGGUCCCUCUCUGUGCCAGAGGACCUGUCUCUGUGCCGCUCCAACUGGCAUCCCAGUGCAUCCAAGGUUUGGACCCCAGUCAAACGUGGCUGUCAAAGUGGAGGAGCAUCUAGUUCAGGCUCUGGAGCCAGCUCUUUGCCACUUUGUGGUCCCACUUCCUCCUUCACCUCGUCAUCCCUACACUCCUCUUCUAGCCCUACCUUCUUUAGCUUAGCACUGUCCUCUGACUCUCCACUACCAUGGAGCUUCCCAUGGGACCCCUGUGACAAACCGAAAGGAGCAUAUUCUGCCUCCUUCGCCACUCCUUCCUCCUGUUCCUCUUCACCGUCCCCCCUGGUCUCUCACUCAGUGCUGCAACGCCGUUUCUCCCUCUCUCCCGUGCACAUUCAGGACACCUCUGUGGUGCCUCUGGCCCCCCAGCCCUCCCCUGCUUCUGCUCUCACAUAUGGCUGUUCUAGUGGCAUGGAACACCCAGCCCUGUCUCCAUCUCCCACUUCAGCCUGCAGUACACCUUCCUCCUCCAGGCGUGACCUGCACCUGGCACUGCCGCGAUGCCACUCACAGCCCUGUGACAUGCGCAAACCUCGCUUGAAGAGGCGCCAUGACCCAGAUGUUCUGCCCUGCCCCAGGCCAGGCCUUGACUUCAGCAAGAUGACACAGAUUGGUAAUCAUGAGAACCUAAUGUGUGGUACGGGUGGCUGCAUAGUCCAAGUGUCUUCCCAGGCAGAGCAGUGCUCAGCCUGCUCCCCUGCUGAGUUUGUGGAACGAGCCAGCAUUGGGCCAUUAAGUGAAAGUGAAGAAGAGGAUGAAGAAGAUGAAAGAAAAAGGACUGCAAAAGAUGGAGGACAAAAGAUUGUUUUUGAAAGAGACUGCACAGAACUGGACUUGAAUCUUAUAGAAGAGAACUGACCACUCCUUGGUUCUCCCAGUAUGAUGGCCGCAUUCAUAUCCAUGUUAAGCACACCUGUAGGCUUUGUGCACUCUUCUGGCACAGUCCUCAGGAACCUGCCGCCCUCCUGAGGCAUCUGGCCAGAGUUCAUGAUCAAGAACCAAGCUAUUAAAAAAGCUAAUAUCAAAUCACAAUGUUAUAGAGUAGUGUGCAUGAGCAAAUAAACCAAUUUUUCAUGCACUAAGAAUUUUGGCAAAUAUUUCAUAUUGAUGCAAGUCUUAAUUUGUGUUAACCAUUGGUACACAUUUUUACAUCCUUGCAUUUCCUCAUCAGAGAACGCUGUGUACAUGAGGAAGUAAAAUGUGCUUAACAUAUCUUGUUAAAUGAUUAAAAGCUAAUAGUUUAAUGAGAUAGAGGUAAGGAUUCUUCAGUGUUCCAUCAGAUGUACUUUUAUAUUUCAUUCUCUUAAUCUGGGAAUAAUUUUUUGAAGAUGUUGAAGGCAGACAAAGUGUUGAGAUCAAAGUCUAGAUCAAAGUAUUAUUUGAGUAGCCCAAACAACAUUAUACUGAUUUGUACUUAAAUGCUUUCCAGUAGGUUUAACAGGAUACAUUCCAGGAUUUCAUUAGUUCCUUAAACAUCUCAUGGACUGUCAAAUAUGCUAAGGACACAUCAUCUUUUACUGCUGUUCUGUGGUUAAACAGCAGUAAACACAAACAAUGGCAGUGUGUCCUUUGGGAAUAACUGUACAUCAUCAAAGAGAACCUUUUCUUGUAGUUUUUUUUUUUUUUCCCUCAAUUGCUUGAGCAUCAACACACCUUGUCAACAUUAAUACUGAUGAUGCUGUAAACUGACCAUGCCUUAAGCUUAAAAUACAGAAUUUGUGAUGCUCUGG